GUUAAGCAUAAGGAGAAGGGAAACUGCCAUUCACCCCCCUCUGAGCCCUAAUGGAGAGGAGGCCAUUCUGUUACCACAGAGUUCCCAGUCAGCAUGAACAGCUGAUCAUACACUGCACUGCAGCAAGGCACUAGGGAGUGCACCAGCAUUUCAGACUGCCCUGGGUGGAGCCCCCAGUUGCCAGGGGGCUCCCCGCUGGUGGAAUUUUGGCUGUUCUCUGGGCUUCUUCUGUGAGAGGAAAAUCCAAGCAAGAAAAUAUCAGGAGUUUCAGGCCCCAGCAUGGGAAGAGUUAAAAGUUUGACGAACUGCUGUCUAUGAGGCACUGAAUUCCUUUCCCAUGCGACCCAGCAGCCAGUGUGGGGCAGACCCUAUAUUUAGAAAGCUGCUAAAGGUUUGGUGCUGACAGUUGUCCUGCCCCUUAGAGAAGAAGUCGCAGAGAGAGAGGAAGGGUGGCUGAUCUCUUGCUCUAGCUGUGUCCCCUGCCAACUUUCCUGCCCCAUCCACUGGGCUCCCUUGCUAAGCCUAAGACGGGGAGUGACCAUUCUGCUGUCAGGAGAGCUCCGGACACAGACGCAGAUCCUCAGAGCUGGCCAUGGCAAGCGGCAAGGACUCAGACAGCGAGCAGGUGGUACCAGACGAAGAGGAUAGGCCAGACGUGAAGGCAGUGCAGGCCCGCUACCUCUGCAGCCCCUCCCCCAGCCAGUAUUCAGUGAUAUCAGACACAGACACAGAAAGCAUCUUCAUGGAGCCUAUCCACCUGUCGUCUACAGUAGCUGCUAAACAGAUAAUCAAUGAAGAGCUGAAGACAAAGGAGGUCAAAGUGGAUUCAGUUUGUCCAGGGAUGUUGGAGUCUGCAGAGCAGCUGCUGGUGGAGGACCUGUACAACCGAGUUAAAGAAAAGAUUGAUGACACCAGCUUGUUCAACACACCAUGUGUGAUGGACUUGCAGAGGGCACUCAUGAAGGACAGGCUGGAGUCCCCCUGGGAUCCUGUGGAUGAAGUCUGGCCCAACGUCUUUAUAGCAGAAAAGAGUGUUGCAGUGAACAAAGGCCGUCUGAAGAGGCUUGGGAUCUCUCAUAUCCUGAAUGCGGCUCAUGGUACCGGUGUGUACACAGGGCCAGAUUUCUACAAUGGUUUGAAUAUCCAGUACUUGGGCAUUGAGGUGGAUGAUUUCCCAGAGAUGGACAUUUCCAAACACUUUCACCAGGCUGCUGAGUUCCUUGAUGAAGCACUGCUGACAUACAGAGGUAAAAUCCUGGUAAGCAGUGAAAUGGGAAUCAGUCGCUCGGCUGUGCUGGUGGCUGCUUACCUGAUGAUCUUCCACCACAUGACCAUCUUAGAGGCCCUGAUGACUAUAAGGAAGAAGCGUGCCAUUUAUCCCAAUGACGGCUUCCUGAAACAGCUCAGGGAGCUCAAUGAGAAACUGCUGGAGGAACGAGAGCAGGAAGAUGCUGGGGUUGAUGAUGACACAGCCAGCCAGAAUUCUGUCAUCGAAGCAGGGACCCAUUCCCUGCUGUCUGGGAGUGUCAUGGGAGCCAAAGUGCAUUCCAUCACAGUAGAGGAAGAGGAUACCAACAGCAUUCUGGGAAGUGUUAUGAGUUCUUCAUCCAUGGGAAACGUUAGCUUGGUUUCCAAACAGCCCACUCUGAUCAGUGAGGAGGAGGAGGAACAGCUGUAUGAGGAAUGGAGGCAGAAGCAAGGCCUGCCAACAAGGGAACCACCAAAUCAGGAUGUGGAAAGCACACCUCCAAAACUUCCAGAUCAGGGAGGACAGGAAUCUGAAGAGAAUGUGGAACAGAUGAUUCAAGAGUGGCAGAGUCAAAAUGCAAAAUAUGAAAAGGAAGGUUAUUGGCUACCCAGGGAAGAGGAUGGAGUCUCCAACAUGGGAGAAAGGCCGUAUCCUUCAAGUGAACUGGGUGAUGCGGAGAGUGUGAGUAGCCUUGACAUCCGAAUCCUGAAGCAACAACUGGAAGCCAGCAGCAUCAACAGGCUGAGGAGGGGCCGUACAGACUCUAUGUCUACGGAAAGCACCUGGGAUAUGUGGAACCAGAGGCUGCUGGAGAUUGAGAAGGAAACUGCUCAGAGAUACCGUUCCAGGAAUAAAAGUGGUGAUGAUAGUCCACAACUAGAACCAGAACCAGGAAGAAAGGGAAGAGAUGUGGAUGUGGAGAGUGUUAUCUCAGACACCAGCUCCUUUCAUAACUUCUGCAAAAAGAACAAAGACAAGCUGACCCCUCUUGAAAGGUGGAAGAUCAAGAGAAUCCAGUUUGGCUUUCACAAGAAGGAUUUAGAAUCCUCUGUGUCCCCCAAGAUGGAAGAUGGCAGCCACCCAGUCGAGGAGACAGCAGAAGAAGAGAAGGAUCUAUCCGAUGUCAACCUGACAGCUUACCAGGCCUGGAAAAUAAAACACCAGAAGAGGGUGGGCAAUGAGAACAAGGAAGGUAUUGUGGAGCUUGCCAAGGGCGAAGAUUCUGCUUCAGCCAAAAGGAAGCAGAGGAGAAUGGAGUUACUUGAACAUUCAAAAAAGAUCCUGGAAGAAAGCCAAUCCCUGUGCAGCUGGGAGACAGAGAGUGCAAUGAGUGGGAGCAUCCCGCUGUCAUCUCUUUGGCCCUCAGCACCUUCCAUAAACGGUGCUGAGGAUUCAGCUUCUUCACUGAGCAUACAGAGCAACCAGUCAUCUUUACUUCAGAACAGAAGCAGUGCUGGGGCUAUGCAGCCCCAAAUGCCAGCUAUACUUCUGCCCAACAUCCCAGUUGGCCAGGGUGAUGCAAUAUCCAUGGCCAGCAUUCAGAACUGGAUUGCCAGUGUGGUUAGUGAAACCAUUGCUCAGAAACAAAAUGAGAUAAUGAUGUUGUCCCACCCGCCCUCCACAUUGGCCUCCAGCAUGAAGUCAGGUGACUUUGGCAGAUGCCUCGACAAUGACAAGGCCUCCAUUCUCAGUGCACAGAGUGGCUUGUCUGUAGCUAGCUCUCUGCUCCGCCAGAGGGACAUGAAUGGUGCUGACACCCAGUCCAUUCUGUCUUCCAAUGCCUCAAUGAGCAUGAGGACAGGAGGGUCUAGCUCAAGCAUGAGGGGGACUCAAACAAGCAAGCCACUGUACAGCCUCUUUGCAGAUGACAUUGACCUGAAAAAACUCAGCCGGAAGGAGAAGGAGAUGCAAAUGGAGAUGAGAGAAAAAAUGUCAGAUUAUCAAAUUGAGAAGCUUGUCAGAGACAACAAGCGCAGCACUUUAUUUAAGAAGAAGAAGGCCCAGGGAGAAGAUGAAGAAGAGAAAGUCGAAGACAACACAGAGAACACAAUAGAUGGCAUUCGGUACCCCUUCCAAACAGAUCUUGACAGAACUGAUACAGCUUCUGCUUUCUCCGGUCAGUUUGCAAAUACUGGUGCCAGGAAUUCAGAGGUGGACACCUCUGUUAAUAAGUGGCUGAGUGGCCUGAAAGCAGAAGGAAAGACAUCAUAUCAUGACCAUGCUGAAAAGGCUAAAGAGAAAUACAAUAGAUCAUCCACUCUCAGAGAGGUGGACUCUGAAGCAUGCAAGUAUAGCUCCUCCAGAUCCCAAAGAGAAGAGGUGGAUAGUUCUUCUUCCUAUCAGUGUAAAGGUGAUUCACUGAGAACCACAUCAAGAUUUUCCUCUACUUCUGCAAAAGAGGACAAGGAAAUGUACAAGUUCACACGAACAAAGGUCAGAGAGACAAGUUCUAGGGAAGAAAGCCCAGAGCCAUCCUAUGAUUCUGAAUCCCCAGGACCAUCAACACAGAGUCGAGUCAGAUCCCGUCACUUGGAAAAAUCUGAAGAGGAGUCUAGUUCUAACAUGUCAGAAUUUGGAGCAAAGAGAAAGUUCAUUCAGAGUUUUUCAAAGUCUGAAGAGGAUGGAGACAGAGAAGAGAAGGUGGAAGAAAGAGAAGAGAGGUUUGCAUCAAGGCAAUUCUCACAGUACAGACGAAGCACCCACAAGGAAGAAGAAAUGGAUGAUGAUGCCAUUAUUGCUGCCUGGAGAAGCCGGCAAGAAGAAACUAAGGCAAAGCUCCGGCGAAGAAGAGAGGAAUGACUGAGGACAAGGAUGUUAAGGCACCAUCAGGACUGAAGUGGGGACCCAGCCUCAACAGGCGUCCCAGACAUAGAUGUCUCACCUGAAUCACUCAUUAUAUUUCAGAUCAUCUUUCAUGAUUUCCAGGGCACUGCUGAUGUCCUGCAGAAGCUUUCUUCACCUUAAUCAACAGACUUGGAGGAAGAAGGUUAAUCACUUGAAGUGUUUGUGGUUUGUCAAAAAGAAGAAGCUUGUGCUAAAUGAUUAGCGUAGGUGUGAAUAAAUCUUUAGGAGACACUUGUAGCCAGAGAAUAUUUUAGUAACAAUAGCAGGUAAAGCUAUUCUGCCCCCUGGGACAGCACCCACAAGUCAAGAGUUUGGUCAGGUCUUGUUUUGAUUAUUUCACUUUUCUGGAGUCAUUAAAGAGUCACAAGCAUUAUUUCUAGCUUUGUUUUGAUUAUAAAUGGGGGGAUGGGGAACUAACAACUUUCUCUAGAUGCUUGACAGUGUGGUUUCAUCUCUUAUCAGCAUUGCUUUUUUGAUAUGGAAAAUAUUGAGGGGUUUUUUUUAGUACAGUACUCCUUUUCUUAUUAAGCAUAAGCCAAUUUGGCUUUUUUAUGUAUACUUCAUCAGUGUCAUGAAUAUCAGCACGAUUUUGGGGAAUACCUUUAACGUUUGCUCCACUGAGUAGCUGCAGCAGAACAAAAUAUCCAUUAAAUGUAGCUAUUGUGGGAAUUUAUAUUUUAGGGUUCCUUAAUUUAUUUGCUGUCAAUUGGUUGAGACUACAGGUAGGAAAGUGACUUUGAAACUCAAGAAUAGUCCCAUACUGUAUAUAGCAUAAGGCCAAACUCUGAAGUUACUACUUGAUAGUGUCUGACCCUUUUUAAAAUUAUUAUAUUUAGGGUAGUGGAUCUUGACAUGUAUAUAGUAGAGCUAACAUAGCCUAGGUAGUAA